AUGCUUCAAUCAUCAUUAUUACCUAUUUCUUUGCCUUCAGAUAGCAAGACAAAACUUGAAAAUUUAAUUCGAGAUUUAUCGAAGAUCAAAUGGGAGAAAGGCGAAUAUUAUUUUCACAAUUUUAUCGAUUAUUUUCAAUUACCUCAAAUCGUUCGAGUCGAGCAAGUCUGGAAUACAAACUUGACGAAAGAUCAAUGGUUGUAUUUGCAAAACAUUUAUGAUCGUUAUUUAAUUGUUGCUUCGCCAUUAACAAAUAAACAAGGUGUUCCUCCGGAAAAAUAUCUUAUCCCAGAUUGGUUUCAAGGCGAAUGUCGUAUCCUGUCGAAAAAUCCGACACUGAAAAAACGCUGGUGGGUUUUCCAAGGUGCAUUCGAGUUAUAUCGUUUCGAGCUGCCACGGUCGAUAAAACUUCUUUGUCAUACACCGGCACAUAUCAAAACAAGUAAUGGUGAAUGGAAGAAGAUAGUUCUCAGUAAGAAUGCGUGUUUCAAUGUUAUACGGCGCGAGAAAUAUCAAUCGCGUGUGAAGAAAACUGAUAAAGGUGAACUAUCGAUUAGUGAACCGAAAGAAGCUUUUAUUAUUGAAGAUCCUACGAAUCACGAUGAAUUCAUCAUUCCACCUGGUGUUCCACUUCGUUUCGCAACGUUGAUUAGAGAUCAUGAAUUGCAUAACCAGUAUCAAAAUCACAGUGGAAGUUUCACAUUUCCCGAGAUUCUUAUGCGUUAUGAAUUUCCUGUUGACAUCGAAAUUCAAACACAUUUACCAAUUGAUUUAAUGAACUUCAAAGCGCAGAUUAAACUGGAAAAAUUCUGUGUGGCAAAAACGGUUUUAGCAUAUAUCCUCGACAGUGAUAAAACUCAAAUGGUUGAACUUUCGCCACUGACUCAAUUUACUAUUCGUUGUGCGAAAUGCUUAACAUUUGGUUUACCGCAACAAGGCGAGAAUUCUAACGAAAAGUUCGAUGAAAAAGAAUAUCAGUGUUAUGAGGAUGUUCGAAGCAAAAUGAACAGCAUUUUUGACAAUAUCGCCGAGAUCUAUCGAGGAAAAAUCCAACCUGGUACUGACGAAGAGGUCGAAUGUAUUGAACAAGCGUAUGAGUUGAGUGUGAAAACAUGGAAUAAUGGGAACAAGCCAGUUGCACAAAGUUAUUUGUCAGUGGACGAAGCGUGUAAAGUUGUCAGAGAAAACGUCAAAGAAGAACUUCCGAAACCGGAAAAACAACCAAAACGAUUUACUGUUCAUGCAAGUGCUGAUCCAAGUAAUCCAUACAACGAAGUCAUCGAUUACGAGAAUAUGGAUGCAUUGAAUAAAAAUAACGAAGAACGACUAUCGAAAAAAGACGAAAACAGAUCGAAAUCUUCAUUGAAACGAUCAUCCAGUUUGAAACGGCAACAACCGCAAACUAGCAAACAACCGGCACUUGUUGUGCAACAGUUACCACCGCCGAUGAUGCUGCCACCAGAUUCGUUUGAAAAGACAUUGAAAGCGAUUCCAGAAACGCUCUACACUGAAUUUCUCCCAGCAACGAAAACUAAGAAAUCAAGUAAAUCAAAUCAUCAUGAAGCAUCGAAAUAA